UCGUGCUGAAGCCCUCAUUGCCUAGAGCAAGGCGCGACUAACUGGGCAUCGCCGGAGCCCUGUCGUAAAGAACAUCGGUUACGGGUACUCCUGGCCGUUCGGUGUAUCUACUCGGCCAUCUCGCAUUUCAAGUUUCAUAAAUGCGAUCUUGCAUGUCGCGACGCUAUUUGGUCAGGCUCCUGAUAAAUGAGACAUGUCUGACGCUUUACGAAAUUUAGGUCGACCCUGAUGCGUUUUCAUGGGCGUUCAUGUCCCUGAUAGGAUCCUCAUGAAUACGAGGCUUUCCCUGGCAUGGCGCUGAAAUUAUUGCGGAUCUUGCGAUAUCCUGUUACAAUGUCCGUGAGAAGCACCUCCUCGGCACGCCACUUCGUGCUUCUAGUGGAUCAAGGCACGCUAUUGACAAUGGAAUGCGCAUUUGUAUUGCUUGCAUCCUGGCGCUUCGUAUUAGAUGCAAUGACAAUAAUGCUACCCGCAAGACCUGUCCUCCGCAGACCAUUCCUGGCAAACGCUACACCGAGCGUUGCAGUUUUUGGACGACUUAAUUCUGCGAUCAUCGCUCGCUUCGCUUGCCUUCUCGAAGCUGCAAGACCCCUUGGCAGCGAUAUUAAAUUCGGGCGCCUUCCUGACGUGACGGCACCUGUCACUUCUGACCGCGGAUUCUUGCGCUCAUCCAUCAUGGAGACGGGCGUUCUCACGUCGACGACGAAGAAUAGCUCCAUAUUUGUCCACUAUGCAACGCCAGAACGGACUUCCGAGAAGAAGCCACUUCGUUCUGCCUGGUUUAAUGUAACCUAACCCAUCUCGCCUAUCUAUUCAGUCCGUUCCAUCUGCAUGACGACUGAUGUGCAAGUGGGCCUCGAGUUUUCCGCGGCUG